CAUGGUUUGUUUACUUCUUAAUUACGUUCGUUGCUAACAGAAAAUAUUUAAAACAUAAAGCUUUAUUUAACUUUUCUUAGAUUAAAAUGUCCGAAAUUCAGGAUUGUUCGGUUAAAAAUAAGAAGGCUAAUGCUAUUUUAAAUUCUAGUGACUAUUUCCACAAUUAUAUUCUACACGAAGAACGGCGCAUACAUGAAAUAGAAUCUGCGAAGCAAUCGUCCAAUGAAUUUCCCCAAGGCAUUAGCACGUUGGACAUUUGUCAGGAGCUAAAACAGUUUAAAAAACAAGUAUUUUUGGAUGAGAAGCGCAGACAACAACUGAGAAACGACAACCAUGAAUUGCGUUUGCUGCAGAACCAGCUUCAGUCUGCACUGGUAUCCAAAGAGCUGCAGGAGCAAAUUGAUGCACUAAAAAAACAAAAGGAGCAGGAUAUGCAGAGAAAGAGAGAAGAAAAUGCUCAGUGGGAGGUGGAAUGUGAAAGGGCCAAAAGGUCCAUUUUGGAAGAGGAGGAAAAGGAGCGGCAAAGAAAAACACAAAAUCGAAUUUUACUGCAAGAACAAAUGUGUGAAGUGCAAAACAAACGUAAACAGGAAUUGGAAACAGUCAUGAAGGAUCGUGAGGAUAUGCAAAAAACUUUGAAACAAAUAGAGGCGGACAGACAAAGAGAAAACGACAUAUCUUGGAGAUUUCGUGAUCUAUGCCGAAAGGAAAUGGAAGAAUGCAUACGUAUUAGAGAAGUUCAAAAACAAUUGGAAAGAGAAAAAAACCUUGACGAUAAUGAACGUCUCUUGGCCUAUCAACGUGAACGGGACGAACUUAAAGAAAGGAUGGAAGCCGAAAAGAAACGUAUAAUCACAGAGAAAAUGGCAUUAAGUGAAAGAAUUGGCAAGGAGUUAGACGAUAUAAAUAAAGAAAAGCAGAAAAGAGAUGAUGUAUUGUUGUCACUACUUGUCGAAGAACGCAGGGCAAAGGAGGACAUUAAGCAUCGCCAAAUGCUUGAAAAACUGACAGAGGAACGGACAAAAUUACGAUCUGAAUUGGAAAAUUAUCGCCGAGAAAUUGCAACACAGAAACAGCGUAAGUUUGCGGAAGAAGAACGCCAAAUGCGUGAAGAAUGUUUGCGCCAACUGGCAGAACGUGAUAAACUAGAUCAAUUGUCAAAUGAAAAACGCAGGAGAAAAAUUGUAGAGCACAACAGAGCAUUGAAAGAAAUGAUCGAAGGACGUCGACAACAACGUGCUAAGGAAAUUGCCAAUAGGAUUGGAGAAUUUGAAAAUUUGCUAAAGGAAGAAAAUGAAAGGAAUGAUUGCAUUGAAGCAGAACGAAUACGAAUGUUACAAUCUGUACCUACAGAAUUACUACGCUACUUACCACCAGGAAUAUUAAAACCAUCAGAUUGGGAGCAUAUUCCUUUAUCUUCUGAAAAAUAAAAAAAUUAAAUGCCUGCUUUUAUCUCUUUUGAAAUCUCUAAUAAUUUCAUCACAUAGUAAAAAAGACAGUAAUUUUAUGAAUUUCUCAGUUACGUAAAAAUGUUACGUAGUUCAUUGGCCAUUAAAUGGAUUAAUUACAAAA